AUGAGGGACAUUGCAAGUUCAUCAGCUGUGGUAUUGGCCCUCGCAGCCGUGACGGCCGCCAAUCCAACAGUGUCCAGCCAUGGCGCUGCCCCGACUGGCGCGACGUACGCCUCUGGGUUCGAUAUGACCACGAGCUGGGCGAAUCUGAGUCCGUAUCGUGAUGCGGCAGGGUUCAAUGUAUCAAAUGGCGUGCCUCGUGGUUGCGAACUGUCGCAGGUGCAUGUGCUGCAUCGCCAUGCGCAGAGAUGGCCGACGCCUUAUCCGCUCGACGGCGAAGGCAUGGAGGACUUUGGGCAGAAGGUGGUCAACUACACCAAAGCUCACCCUCACACCAGCGUCGGGUCUGGUCCCCUGGCGUUCCUGAGCCACUGGAAGUAUCUGCUGGGCGAGGAUCUGCUGACGGCUAAUGGUGCCUCGACUGAAGCCACAUCCGGCGCCAAUUUCUGGAAUAAGUACGGAAGACUGCUCUACCGCGCCAAUACCGUCAAUUGGGAUGAGUCGCUGAAUGUCUAUCCCAAUGGCACGGCGCGACCCAAGCCGGUGUUCAGGACGACUUCGCAGGCGCGCAUCCUAGAGAGUGCGAGAUGGUGGUUGAGUGGUUUCUUCAACAACAUUGGCGCAAACAGCUCCUACAGCCAGUAUGAUCUGGUCAUUAUUCCCGAAGUCGAUCCAUUCAACAACACUCUUGCUUCCUACGACUCGUGUCCAGGAGACAUGGGGGAAGGAGACGCCUCUAGUGAGAUCUUUAUCCCUAAAUCCGCCAAAGACGCAGUGGCUCGUCUAUCGCGCUUCCUUCCAGCGGACUUCAACCUCACCGCGUUGGACGUGCUUGCGAUGCAGAAUCUCUGUGUGUACGAGACGACCAGCUUCUCCGGUUCCGCAUUCUGCUCGCUCUUCACGGAGCAGGAAUGGCGCGACUACGAGUACAUAAUCGACCUCCAGUUCUACGGCGACUACGGCUUCGGCUCUCCCACCGGUCGUGCCCAGGGAAUUGGCUACGUGCUGGAACUCGCCGCGCGUCUGCAGGCGAAACUGAUCUAUUCCAGCGACACGAGCAUCAACUACACCUACGACAACAACACGGCCCAGUUCCCGCUCAACCAGCCGUUCUACAUGGACAUGUCGCAUGACGAUAUCAUCGUCUCCGUCAUAACCGCCCUGGGACUCCAGUACUUCAACUACGGCCCCGACGGGCUCCCAGCAAACGUGAGCCACGCGCCCGCAAACCGCACAUUCAACCUGAACCAAAUCACCCCGUUCGGAGCCCGCUUCAUGACUGAAGUCUGGACCUGCCCGCAAGCAGCGUCUCUAUCUACACUCGACCCGGUCCUGUACACUAACCCGGACUUCUCCCACGUCAAGAACACAACGGAUUAUAUCCGCUUCGUCCUAAACGGCGCUCCUGUGCCGCUUGACGGGAUCGAAACCUGCAAUGGCCCCGAGACCAAGACGGGCUUCUGCGCCGUCAAGGACUUUCUGAAGGCUGUCCCCACGAUGAAAAAUGAGGCCAUGUACCAGGAUGCUUGUUUCGGAAAUUAUACUUCCGGCCAUCAAGUCGAGGAUGGACAUCCUGAGCGGGAUUUGUAA